GUGUGCGCGAGUGUUCUCGUCCAUCCCAGAGCUAGCUCUCAGUAGCACACAUAGUAUCUCCGCUCUGCAGCUCCAGACAUGAGGAACAAGGAUUAUGGUAAAACUGUUGAAGAGUGUUUUGAUUUACCGGGACGUGUGAAGGCGGAGCUUGCUUUGUUACGGAUUGAACCCCCUACCGACUGACAGAAUGCACCGGCAACGGAACCGUCACCCAGGCGCGGUGAGAGCUCGUGAUUAGGCUAUUUAUCUCUGUACUGAGCGUCAGCUAUGCUGAUUACGGAGCUAAUACCACCGGUUAACGCGAUCCAUUCUGUGGAUUAAAUCAUUACUGUUGCCGGUGAGAAACACACGGAUGGAUUGGAUUAAAAAUGAGAGUAAGAAAUAUCAUAUAAUAAUCGAUAUGAGAAGGCCUGGGUGCCAGAGAUAUUCUAGUUGAAAACAGACAGAGAGAAUGAGAAAAUACAUAAAUAAAUGUGUUUUAACUGAGAGACCAGCGACAGGUUAUGAUUAUUAAUAUUACUAAUAUGAUUAAUUUACCCGCUAAUGUAAACAGGCUAAAUUAAGGUUAGGCCUUUUUGGUAUACAGGUUAAUUUACCCCACUAGGUCUGUAACAAGGAAGGACUUGAAUAAGGCCUGUUGUAACAUUAUACCCUGCCCGUUACUGUAGUCAUAUAGGGUUAGGGUUAGACUGAAUUACUGUAGUCAUAUAGGGUUAGGGUUAGACUGAAUUACUGUAGUCAUAUAGGGUUAGACUGAAUUACUGUAGUCAUAUAGGGUUAGGGUUAGACUGAAUUACUGUAGUCAUAUAGGGUUAGGGUUAGACUGAAUUACUGUAGUCAUAUAGGGUUAGACUGAAUUACUGUAGUCAUAUAGGGUUAGGGUUAGACUGAAUUACUGUAGUCAUAUAGGGUUAGGGUUAGACUGAAUUACUGUAGUCAUAUAGGGUUAGACUGAAUUACUGUAGUCAUAUAGGGUUAGACUGAAUUACUGUAGUCAUAUAGGGUUAGACUGAAUUACUGUAGUCAUAUAGGGUUAGACUGAAUUACUGUAGUCAUAUAGGGUUAGACUGAAUUACUGUAGUCAUAUAGGGUUAGGGUUAGACUGAAUUACUGUAGUCAUAUAGGGUUAGGGUUAGACUGAAUUACUGUAGUCAUAUAGGGUUAGACUGAAUUACUGUAGUCAUAUAGGGUUAGACUGAAUUACUGUAGUCAUAUAGGGUUAGGGUUAGACUGAAUUACUGUAGUCAUAUAGGGUUAGGGUUAGACUGAAUUACUGUAGUCAUAUAGGGUUAGGGUUAGACUGAAUUACUGUAGUCAUAUAGGGUUAGGGUUAGACUGAAUUACUGUAGUCAUAUAGGGUUAGGGUUAGACUGAAUUACUGUAGUCAUAUAGGGUUAGACUGAAUUACUGUAGUCAUAUAGGGUUAGGGUUAGACUGAAUUACUGUAGUCAUAUAGGGUUAGGGUUAGACUGAAUUACUGUAGUCAUAUAGGGUUAGGGUUAGACUGAAUUACUGUAGUCAUAUAGGGUUAGGGUUAGACUGAAUUACUGUAGUCAUAUAGGGUUAGGGUUAGACUGAAUUACUGUAGCAUAACUAAUGUUGGAUUACUUCAUUUUACUGUUGGACUACAGAAAUAACCAGUCAGUUAAUUAGUAAUAAUAUGAUAAUAACAUAGUAACUGCUCGAGGCCUGUGAAUUUGUUUAAUUUGCACCAAUUGGCACCAUUCUGUUGAAGGCAGUACCAGAAGACAAAGCUACCCACUGAUACAAUAACAGAUCAGUUAUCCCGGUCAGAUCAAUACCUGAUCAAUACAAAGGAAACAGAAUCCAGUAAGGAGAAAGAUAUAUGAUAUAAUUGUAGAUAUUAAUAUAGUAAUAGAUAAUAACUCAUAGUCCUGACAGUAGUAGAUAAUAACUCAUAGUCCUGACAGUAGUAGAUAAUAACUCAUAGUCCUGACAGUAGUAGAUAAUAACUCAUAGUCCUGACAGUAGUAGAUAAUAACUCAUAGUCCUGACAGUAGUAGAUAAUAACUCAUAGUCCUGACAGUAAUAGAUAAGAACUCAUAGUCCUGACAGUAGUAGAUAAUAACUCAUAGUCCUGACAGUAGUAGAUAAUAACUCAUAAUCCUGACAGUAAUAGAUAAUAACUCAUAGUCCUGACAGUAAUAGAUAAGAACUCAUAGUCCUGACAGUAAUAGAUAAGAACUCAUAGUCCUGACAGUAGUAGAUAAUAACUCAUAGUCCUGACAGUAAUAGAUAAGAACUCAUAGUCCUGACAGUAGUAGAUAAUAACUCAUAGUCCUGACAGUAAUAGAUAAGAACUCAUAGUCCUGACAGUAAUAGAUAAUAACUCAUAGUCCAGACAGUAAUAGAUAAUAACUCAUAGUCCUGACAGUAAUAGAUAAGAACUCAUAGUCCUGACAGUAAUAGAUAAUAACUCAUAGUCCUGACAGUAAUAGAUAAUAACUCAUAGUCCUGACAGUAAUAGAUAAUAACUCAUAGUCCUGACAGUAAUAGAUAAUAACUCAUAGUCCUGACAGUAGUAGAUAAUAACUCAUAGUCCUGACAGUAGUAGAUAAUAACUCAUAGUCCAGACAGUAAUAGAUAAUAACUCAUAGUCCUGACAGUAAUAGAUAAUAACUCAUAGUCCUGAUGUCUAAGGUGAAGAGUAGUGAGACGGUAAAGGUAGUAAUCCGCUGUCGCCCGUUAAACCGGAAAGAGGAGGCGGCAUCGGCUGGUGUUACCCGGACACCGGGAGGAGUGGGCGGGAUCGUAGAAAUGGACAUGCGUCUGGGUCAGGUGGUCUUAUGGAACCCUCACGGUCCACCCGGCGAGCCGCGUAAGACGUUUACGUUCGACUCUGUGUACGACCCCUCGUCUAAACAGCGUGAUCUUUAUGAUGAGACGGUGCGGCCGCUGAUCGAUUCCGUCCUAGACGGGUUUAACGGAACCAUCUUCGCCUACGGCCAAACGGGUACCGGGAAGACCUACACCAUGCAGGGGGUGUGGCUAGAGCCAGAGAGGCGGGGCGUCAUCCCCAACGCCUUCGAACACGUCUUCACCCAGAUCUCCCGCUCCUCCGCCGACCGCCAGUACCUGGUCAGAGCCUCUUACCUGGAGAUCUACCGAGAGGAGAUCAGGGAUCUAUUGGAUCCCAACAUGCACGCACCUCAUGUCCCCAACGUGCACACUCACACCCACCGCACCCUGGAGCUGAGAGAGAGCCCGGAGAGCGGGGUGUAUGUGCGUGACCUGACGUCGUGCGUGUGUAAGAGCGUGAAGGAGAUACAGGAGCUGAUGAACUUAGGGAACCAGGUGCGCUCGGUGGGAGCGACAGACAUGAACGAACACUCUUCCCGUUCCCACACCCUGUUCCUCAUCACGGUGGAGUGUUCCCUGCCGGGGCCAGAUGGACGGCAGCACAUCAGGGUUGGCCGGCUCAACCUGGUUGACCUGGCGGGCAGCGAGCGGCAGGCCAAGACGGGCGUCCACGGAGAACGCCUGAAAGAAGCUGCCAAGAUCAACCUGUCUCUGUCGGCGCUAGGCAACGUGAUCUCAGCACUGGCAGACGGGCGUAGCGGCCACGUUCCGUACCGGGACUCCAAAUUGACACGGUUAUUACAGGACUCCCUGGGGGGCAACGCCAAGACGGUGAUGGUGGCUACGCUAGGCCCCGCCCCCCAACACUACGAGGAGACCCUCACGACGCUUCGCUAUGCUAACAGAGCUAAAAACAUCCAGAACCAGCCAAGAGUUAACGAAGACCCUAAAGACGCCCUGCUCAGAGAGUUCCAGAAGGAGAUCGCAUGGCUCCGCGCACAGCUCAGCCACAGGGAAGGGAGGGGCAAACACAGGAAGGAGGAAGGGGAGGAGGGCUGGGACGGAGAAGGGGAUGAGGAGGGAGAAGAGGAGGUGGAGAAGGAGAGGACACUGCAGGAGGGGAGGCUUGAAGAGGAGAAGGAGGCCAUCAGAGAAGACGGAUCACUAUUGGCUGAGGAGAAGCAGAGGCUUUUGGGAGAGAAGGAGAGGAUGAUGGGAGAUCUGAAGAAGGAGUGGGACGCCACCGAGCAGCUCACUGCCAAGUACAAGGCGAUGGAGAGCAAGCUGCUGGUUGGAGGGAAGAACAUCAUGGAUCACACCAACGAACAGCAGAAGACCCUGGAGAUACGCAGACAAGAGAUCGCUGAGCAGAGUCGUAGAGAGAGGGAGAUUCAGCAGCAGGUGAUGGUUCAGGAUGAAGAGACUCUAGAACUCAAAGAAACAUUCUCCUCCCUGCAACAGGAAGUGGAGGCCAAGACAAAGAAACUAAAAAAGCUCUAUGCUAAGCUGCAGUGUGUGAAGGCUGAGAUCCAGGAUGUUAAUGAUGAGCACGUCAGGAGUCGACAGGAGCUGGAGCAGACGCAGAACCAACUCACCAGAGAACUCAAGUUCAAGUAUCUGAUCAUAGAGAACUUCAUUCCUCUGGAGGAGAAGAAUAAGAUCAUGAACAGACUGACCUUUGACCCUGAGGAGGACCAGUGGAAGUUCAUACCCCUCGUCCCUGCAGAGAGGUCAGGUCAGUUCAGCCAGAUGAAGAAGAGGCCGGCUUCUGCAGUCGGAUACAAACGACCAAUCAGCCAGUACGCACUGGUCUCCUUAGCGAUGGGAGCUCACUCCAGAUACCGGGCUGAGAACAUCAUGUUCCUGGAGCUGGACAUGACUCAUCCCACCACUGUCUCAUUGGACCACCGGCCAUCGGAGGUGGGGCCUAAUUAUAGCCCCUACCCAACAGACAACGUUCCCCACAGGGAGCGAGCUGCACGUGUCCGCAUGUCACGAUCCUGGUGUCAGACCCCGCGAGCCAUCACUUCCUCCACCUCCACCGUUUCCCUGGCAACCCAUUCUACAGCCACGCCCACUGCCGCCCAGUGAAGAGCAGCCUACCUCACUACCUAUCCCUUCCAUAUCUCUCUCUCUCCUUUCCAUAUUUCUCUCUCUCCUUCUCCAUAUCUCUCCCUCUCCCUUCCAUAUCUCCUUUCCAUCUCUCCCUCUCCAUAUC